ACAGCCGGGCCGGCACCGAACCGCGCCUUGGGGGGUGUCGGGGGGGCCGGGGGGGGGGGGGGUCGCUCGGGGCCCCCCGAGGCCGCCGGAGCCGCCGGGGCCGGGGAUGGUGGCGGGGGCGGCCGGAGCGGGGCGGCGGCUCCGGGCAGAGCCCUGACAGAGAGAGCCGACCUCCACCAUGAGCGUGAGGCCUCCGCAGGCCCCGGACAGGGAAAGCAGCAGAGCCGCAGCCCCCGGCAGGGAGGGAACCAAAUGUUGCAAAUCCGAGGAGAAAUUCCAGCAGGACCCAAACUCCCAAAAUUCUUCCCAGAACAUUCCCAGAAAGUUGAGCAGCCUCUCCUCUUCCCUGGGUGAUUCCCCUUCGGAGCGAAGGUCCCCCGGCCACCACCGGCAGCCCUCGGACACCUCGGAAUCCACAGGGCUGGUGCAGCGCUGUGUCAUCAUCCAGCGGGACCAGCAUGGCUUCGGCUUCACCGUCAGCGGCGACCGCGUCGUGCUGGUGCAGUCUGUGCGGCCAGGUGGGGCUGCCAUGAGGGCCGGGGUGCAGGAGGGCGACCGGAUCGUCAAGGUGAACGGGACAAUGGUGACCAACAGCUCCCACCUGGAAGUGGUGAAGUUGAUCAAGUCUGGUGCCUACGUGGCCCUGACCCUGCUGGGGUCCCCCCCUGGAUCCGUGGGGAUUUCGGGAUCUCAGCAGGAGCCAGAACCCUCAGGAUGUCCCCAGGGGCCCCCCCAGCGCAUCACCGAGCCCAGGCCCCUCCAGGACCCCGAGGUGCAGAAGCACGCGGCGCAGAUCCUGCGCAACAUGCUGCGCCAGGAGGAGGCUGAGCUCCAGCGCUUCCAGGAGCUGCUGCUGCGGAACCCGGGCGCGGCGGUGGAGGAGCAGCUGGAGGGAGCGCGGCGCCGCCUCAGCCAGCUGCAGCUGAAGAUCCUGCAGGAGUCCCAGGGAGCCACGGAUUUGGGGUUCCGGGCUGUGGAAGGUGAAAUUUUCCGGAGCCUCCCGACGUUCCCGGGAUCGGGGUCGGGAUCCCCGCAACUGCCAGGGAGGUUUUCCAUGGAUUCCCAGGAUGGGGAACCAGGGCUGGAAUCCACAGAGGGAUCCCAAACUCGGAAUUCGGGAUUUUCCGAGCCCGGCAGCCCCCGGGGCUCCCCCGUCCUCCGGCGCUUCCCCACGGAUCAGGGAUCAGGGAGACCCCAAAUCAUCGGGCCCGAGGAGGAUUGCGAGCCUGGAUACGCCAGCAACGAGAGUGAUUCCGUGUUCCAGGACCUGGGCCGGCUCAAGUCCCGCCCCGCUCACCUGGCCGUGUUCCUCAGGUUCCUCCUGUCCCAGGCUGACCCCACUCCUCUGCUGUUCCACCUGUGCUCUGAGGUUUGCUGCCAGCUCAGCAGCCCCAAGGAAUCCCGAGCCCUGGCCAGGGACAUCUGGGGCAUCUUCCUGGACAGGGCAGCGCCCCUCCGCGUGAAGAUGCCGGAGCAGCUCCUGGCAGAGAUCGAGCUGCGGCUGCGGAACGGGGAGGAGGCGCGGGCGGCGCUGCAGGAGGCGCAGGAGCUCGUCCUGCCCGACAUCCACGAGCAGCUCCAGGACUACAGGACGAAGCGCACGCUGGGGCUGGGCAGCCUCUAUGGGGAGAACGAGCUGCAGGAGCUGGAGCUGGGGAAUUGCCAGAGGGACCCGCGGGAGAGCCGGGACAGGGAGAGAGCGCUGGCAGAGAGACAGCUGGGACAGCUGGGGGACAUCCUGUCCAAGUACGAGGAGGAGCGAAGCUCUCCCAUGGCCUUCGCCCUCAGCACCUUCCUGGCCCACGCCGGGAUCCGGCCCCGGGAAUUCCGGGAAUUUCGGGAAUUUCGGGAAUUCCGGAAUCCUGGAGGAGCCUCCGAGAAAAUCCCGGAUAAGGACAAGUGGCUGCCCUUCUUCCCCAAGGCCAAAAAGAGCAGCAGCUCCAAGAAGGAGAAGGAGCAGAGGCAGAACCCGAUCCUGAAAUACAUCGGGAAACCCCGGAGCUCCUCCCAGAGCACAUUUCAUGUCCCCCUGUCCCCUGUGGAAGCAGUGCGCCCCGGGAACGUGCGCACCAUGAUCCAGCACUUCGAGAACAGCCACGGCGAGCCCGAGAGCGCGGGGCAGCGCCUGAGCACGGGCAGCGUGCCCGAGGGGCUGCUGGACACGGACAGCUCCCGCUGCGAGGUGCGGCUGGGGCGCUCCGAGUCGCUCAAGGGCCGCGAGGAGCUGCGGCGCUCGCGCCGGGCCGAGCUGGUGCCGCGCUCGCGCAGCGACGUCGACAUGGACACGGGCAGCGACACCCCCCGGCUGCACUCGGCCUCCUCCUCGGCCUCCAGCCUCUCCAACAGAUCCCUGGAAAAUCCCACCCCCCCCUACACACCAAAGAUGGGGCGCAGGAGCGUGGACUCUCCCAGCCUGGGCUUUGGGGCUGAUCCGUUCCUGCCUCACCUGCUGGAGGACGAGCAGGGCCCCAGCCCUGACCUGGAGCCUGACCCUGAAUCCCAACAUUCCCAAAAUUCCCAAAAUCCCCAAAGCUGGCAGCAGAAUUCCCCAAAUUCCCAGAGCUGGCAGCACUCGGUGAGCCGGGAGCUCGUGGCCAACCUGAGCCAGAGGGAGGUGGAUCGGCAGGAGGUCAUCAAUGAGCUGUUUGUCACCGAGCUGUCCCACGUGCGCACGCUGCGUGUCCUGGACCUGCUGUUCUACCAGCGCCUGCGCCGGGAGCAGCUGCUGAGCCGGGAGGAGCUGGGGCUGCUCUUCCCCAACCUGCCCGACCUCAUCGACGUGCACAAUUCCCUUCUGGAAUCCAUGAAGAAGCUCCGGGAAGAGGAAGGACCCCUCAUCCGCCAGAUCGGCGACCUCAUGCUGGCCAGGUUUGAUGGCCCUGCCAAGCAGGAGUUCCAGGCUGUUGCUGCCGCGUUCUGCUCGGGGCAGUCGCUGGCGCUGGAGCUGAUCCGCACCAAGCAGCGCAAGGAGAGCAGGUUCCAGCUCUUCAUGCAGGAGGCCGAGAGCAACCCGCAGUGCCGGCGGCUGCAGCUGAAGGAUCUGAUCGUGUCCGAGAUGCAGCGGCUCACCAAGUACCCGCUGCUGCUGCACAACAUCAGCAAGUGCACCGAGGCGGGCUCGGAGGAGCAGCAGAAGCUGUGCCGUGCCCGGGAGCAGUGCCGGGACAUCCUGCGCUUCGUCAACGACGCCGUGCGCGGCGCCGAGAACCGGCAGCGGCUGCAGGAGCUGCAGCGGCGCCUGGACACGGCGGCGCUGGAGAGAACCAGCAACCCCCUGGCUGCAGAGUUCCGGAACCUGGACCUGACCUCGCACCGGAUGAUCCACGAGGGGCCCCUGACCUGGAGAGUGGGCAAGGACAAGAGCGUGGAGCUGCACGUGCUGCUGCUGGAGGAGCUGCUGGUGCUGCUGCAGCGCCAGGACGAGCGCCUGGUGCUCAAAUGUCACAGCAAAGGAGCCCUGGGAGCCUCCUCAGACACCAAGCAGAGCUUCAGCCCCGUGCUCAAACUCAGCUCGCUGCUCGUGCGCUCCGUGGCCACAGACAAGCGGGCCCUGUUCAUCAUCUGCACCUCAGAGCUGGGACCCCAAAUCUACGAGCUGGUGGCACUGACGUCCUCGGAGAAGAACACGUGGAUGGAGCUGCUGGAGCAGGCGGUGCAAGGGGCCACCAGGAGCCUCCCCGGGCCACCAAAACGGCACCAGGGCGAGGCCAGCACGAGCACAGGAGCAGGGCUGGUGCUGCCCGAGCCCGCCGUGUCCCCAGCGCUGGCCCGAGGAUCCGAGCCCGAGGCUGAGCCCGAGGAUUGCUCCUCAGCUGGCAGUGACCCCGAGCCCCCGGGCCGCGCCCCGCCCCCGCCGGAGCAGCCGCAGGAGCCGGGGGGGGCGGGGAUUGGAGACCCCGCCCCCAAAGCCGCGCGGGGCCCCGCCCCCAUCCCCGGCCCCGCCCCCUCAUCCCCGGGAGCCGCCGGAGUGGCCGAGGCUGCGCUGGAGGAUGUGGAGACCCUGCGGCUGCUGCUGGUCCGGCGGCUCCGGCCGGGCCGGGACCCCGACGCCGAGGAUGACGUCACCCCCACGCCCUCGCUGGCCGGAGCGGCCUCGGGCCAGGCCUGGAAUUCUGGGAUGUCCGGCCGGGAAUUCCCGGUGUCCGCUCGGCAAUUCCCAAAGCCCGGCCGGGAUUUUCCAACGUCCAGUUGGGAUUCGGUGCUCUCCAGCCGGGAUUCAGCAAUGUCCAGUCGGGAUUUAUCAAUGUCCAGUCGGGAUUUUCCGGUGUCCAGCCAGGAAUUCCCAAUGUCCAGCCGGGAUUCAGCAAUGUCCAGUCGGGAUUUUCCAGUGUCCAGUCGGGAUUUAUCAAUGUCCAGCCGGGAUUCACCAAUGUCCAGUCGGGAUUUUCCAAUUUCCAGUCAGGACUCAGCGAUGUCCAGUCGGGAUUCAGCCAUGUCCAGCUGGGAUUUUCCAAUAUCCAGUCAGGAUUUGCCAAUGUCCAGUCAGGACUCGGUGAUGUCCAGUCAGGAAUUCCCAAUAUCCAGCCGGGAUUUUCCCAUGUCCAGUCAGGAAUUCCUGAUGUCCAGUCGGGAUUCAGCAACGUCCGGCCGGGAUUCGGUGACGUCCAGUGAGGAUUCGGUGAUGUCCAGUCAGGAAUUCCCAAAGUCCGGUCAGGAUUCAGCCAUGUCCAGCUGGGAAUUCCCAAUGUCCAGCCAGGAUUUUCCAAUGUCCAGCCAGGAUUUUCCAAUGUCCAGCCAGGAUUUGCCGAUGUCCGGCCGGGAUUUGGUGAUGUCCGGUCAGGAAUUCCCAGUGCCCAGUCAGGAAUUCCCAAUGCCCAGUCAGGAAUUCCCAGUGCCCAGUCAGGAAUUCCCGGUGUCCGGCCGGGAUCCGGCCGCCCCGCAGGGAUCCCGGGAAGAGCCGGAGCCCAGCGGGAUCCAGAUCAACCGGAAAGCCCAGGAGGAGGGGCCGGAUGAGGCCACGCCCCCGAGCGGCUGCAGCCAAUCAGAGCCCGAGCUGCGGGAAGGAGGCGGAGCCAGCGCCGAGGGGAAUUUUUUCUACCUGAGCCUCCCCACGGGACCCCCCCGGCCAGGAGGGGACGUUGGGGACACCCCCCAGGGCCCCCCCAGGGACAGGGACAGGGACAGGGACAGGGACAGGGCCAGCCCCGGGGACAGCGGGGACACCGAGCUGAUCCUGGGCACCCUGGAGGGGCUGCGGGGGAAACUGCUGCGCCUGAGGGCCCUGGAAGCCGCUCACCGGCAGCUGCUGCGCUCGCUGGGGGGGGGGGCGAUGCCACCGCCCCCAACAACGUCCCCAACAACGCCCCCAACAAUGUCCCCAACAAUGUCCCCAGUGUCCCCAACAACGUCCCCAGUGUCCCCAGCAGUGUCCCCAGUGUCCCCAACCCCGGCCCCGGGCGGGCCCCGCCCCCCUCCGGCCCCCCCAGCUCGUCGCGGGCCCCGCGGGGACAUCCUGGCACUGCCACCACCCCCGGCACAGGCUCGGACAGCCCCGCCCACCUUUAACCCGGGAGGGGGGGGAUGGGCUGGAGUUUCCCUCCCCUCCCCCCACAAUCCCCGGAAGCUUUUCCAGGGAAUUCCGCCCGGGAAUUCCCCCCGGACAUCCGGACAAAUGCACUUUGUUGGGAAUUUCCCCUUUUUCCCCAAAAAAAUCCUAUAAAUAUGUAUGUACGCCCCUCCCCCACCCUGUAAAUACCCCCGGGUGUCCCCUCCCCCCUCCCGGUGACAAUCGGGGGUGACACGGUGACAAUCGGGGGGUGGCACCCCCAAAAUCCUGGGAUUUCCCCCCCAAAAAUCCUGGAUUUUCCCCCCAAAAAUCCCGGAUUUUCCCCCCUAAAUUCUGGAUUUCCCCCCCACCCCACAAAAUUCCAGGAUUUUACCCCAGAAUUCCAGAUUUUCCCCCCAAAUUCCAGGAUUUUUCCCCCCAAAAAUCCUGGGUCUCCCCCCUCUAAAUUCUGAAUUUUGCCCAAAAAUUCCAGGAUUUUCCCCCCAAAAUUCCAUGGUUCCCCCAAAAUUUCAGGAUUUUCCCCCAAAAUCCUGGAUUUCACCCCCAAAAUUCCAGGAUUUUCCCCCAAAUAUUCUGGGAUUUCCCCCCCAAAAUUCCAGGAUUUUCCCUGAAAAUCCCGGGAUUUCCCCCAAAUCCCGGAUUUUCCCAGAAUCCCGGGUUUUUCCCCCAAAAUCCCGGGGGUCCAUAUAUAAAUAUUAUAAAUACCAGAGCCCAGGGGGGGCGCUGGAAGCUGGAAGAAU